UGAUUUACAUGAUCCGAGGUUGCAGAAAACCGAGGGGAGGGAAGAAAACCCUCGGCUUUCAAGAAGAUAUUAUUGGAGAACAAAUUGAAAUUACGACGUUCAUGAUGUCUUUGUAGUUGUGAAUGAUUUCAUAUUCGUACCAUUUUUCAGGGCAUUAUCGAUAAAAAAGAGGAGUCAAAAGGGUUUGUCAUCAAGAUGUUUUUCAUUUGGGGCAAAACAGACGGCGAAGCCCCUUUCCGUUUUUUCCGUUUCCUCCUCUCUAAAAAUCCGCCCAGCGGAGGAGGAACAUUCGCCAAUACGUCCCCGUCAGCCAAGAAGCCUGGGUCAGAAGAAUCAAGUCUUUUGAAGGGCCUCACUUUUAAGGUCUAAAAAAUUCUUGAAGUGUAACUCGCUCCAUAAAAAAAAGAGUUGCGUUUUUAUCUCCCUCAUCUCGCACAAAGCUCUAACAUUCCCGUGACAUGGACCCUUGGUUACGACAAGCGGACAGGCAAAGAAAAGGUGAUAUGGGACCUCGGAGAAAAUUUUCAGAUGGGUAGCAUAGCAGAAGGAAGCACACUGUUGAAGGAUUCGGCUGUUGUAAACAAGGUGAUUAUGAAAGUCUAAGAUUAAAAAUGAAAGUGAAAGAGUAAGUAUGGUAACAAGCUUUAGUAGUUUAUCUUUAUUGGCAAGAAUAAGAAAAAAACAAGACACUUCAUUUGAUUGAUCGAUUAUCAUAGUACUCUCUGGCAGCUCUCACGGCACGACUCCAACAAUCAGGAAGAUCACCAGAAAAUACAGCAAAACCUCUACUCAAAAACUUUCUAAAUUGCAGUCUUCCGGUAGCCGCGAUUCACCGGCAAAAAUAGAAGAGUCUGGCGGGAAACAAGAGGAUGGUAAGAUCUUUGCGGGAAGGAAAGGAUUAUGGCAAUGGAUUUCAAGGAGAGAAAUUGAUGUCGAGAGUGGGCAUGUGCGUGACCACCUAUUUGACAUUCAAAAAGGACCUAGAAGAAGUCUACAUCAUGAAACAAAUAGAGUUCUCGGAAUUUGACAAUCCCUACCCAGCAGGAGCUCUAAGAACCAAGUCGCCUGUUCUUGAAAACGAUGGUCCACCCCAAGAGGAUGGCAAUGAUGAACUCGGAGCAGACGAGAUUGUGCGAAAAACCUUAUUUUAAGGCUUUUCCUAAUCCAUCCCUGUCGGCAUCCCUCAAACAUAUGCGCCCCAAUACAAGGGAGAUACUGACGCAUAUGCUUGAGGGAUUCCCACAGGGAUGAAUAGGGGAGAGCUCUAAUUCUUGAAGGGAGAGAACGAAAAUAUUGUUGCUGGUAUCGGCAUAAUUGGAAGACCUACUACUUCGACUUCUAGUAAAACAAAGGUACCAGCACCAAGAACAUCAGAUAAUCUUGGAUCAACGCCCGACAACGGAGUCGGAGUAAAUAAAGUCAUCAGAACACAAUCAUCAGAACAAGUUCUCGCAGAAAGCAGAAGAAGAGACCUAUCUCCAACCAGAGAGCGGACUGUCAAAUCCUCAAAAGAACAUGCGGAAACCACUGGUGUAGAUGUAUCACAAAUAGAGUUGAGAGAACAGCUGGAGCUUGUUCCAUUUAUGGCUACCUUUAAUUAAUUCAACCCUAAGUAACUGAAACUGUGUAUAAUAGGGGUCCCUGCUCAUCAUCAUCUAGAUGUGAGAGAUAGCUCCGAGUUGAGGGAUCCCCAUCGAAGUGAACUGAGGGCAGCUCUAAUGCAUAUCAAACUGAUUUAGCAACAGGCACAGCAACGUCUUCAUCGUCGCUUAUGGAGAAGCCACCAUUUUGCUUUAGGGAAAGCAGCCGUGUCGAUUAUUGGUCGUCGACGCAUGGAGCCUACAUCCCCGCGACCAUCACAGGGUUCGACUUUUAUGCUUUUUUCUGCUGACUCAGAAAAGCGGGAGGAAGCUCCGAGUAAUAGUCUUCGAGUGCGAGGAGUCCAUCAAGCCUAGAAUGAUGAUGAUGAUGAUGAUCUUAUUUUAGCUAUAGCUUUAGCUGCUUCAUCUUCUCAAUAGAAAUAACCUUCAAAUUCAAGAAACUUAUCUACUUGUUCUGUUCUAAAGCCCGCCAACCUGCAGCGCCACACUCGCGCUCCGGGGCAAAACAGAGAGGAGAAACGUACCACUUUCGCACCUGGCGGCGCCCUUGAGGGCAGGAGACAUAGCAGAGUUCUAUCACGGAAAGCGGUGGUUUGGUCCCUGUCGAGUUGCACAACGCUGCGGAGGCAAACUACACGGCUACUUACUCGAAACCAUAGCUCCAGCGGACCGAGAGGAUAUAGCAGCUUCAUCUCCUUCAAAGAUUAUGAUUUGCAUAUAGUUCGUUCAAUAUCUUCAAACUGGGUGACUUCCAUUUCUCACAUGCAAAAAAUUGAUUUGGGUGCACAUCGUCACGAACACGACCAUAAUCCUUCUCUCGGAAUAAAAGAAUAGAAAGCGCUAAUGGUAGUAGGGCAGAACUACAAUCGAGCAGUCGCAGGAAGCGAAAAGAAGAGCAGUUUUCAGUAAGGGAGUACCAUUUGGCACGACGAAUUUUCACAGAACACGAGCAGGUCGUCGUUUAUACUUUCUCGUUACGACUCGGACUCCUGAUGAGGACGCGAAGUGUUUUCAACAGCCAGAGUAUGUACUUGGACCUGUAAAAACUAGUAUGCAAUGUAAUAUUCUCGUUAGGAAGAGGAAGACAGUGAGGGAAAAACUCAUAGCUUCACAAUGUCAGUUUACCCUAGAAUUCCCUUCGCAGCCUCGCCAAAGCGCGUAUGGCCCUUCACCUUAUUUUAUAGCGAGGACUGUCACUUAUCGAGUUUAUAUCUUCUUCUUGCACGCUGUUUCUCGAUUGCAUUGAAUGACGGACUACGAUAAUUGACACUUCGUCCUCCCUCCUCUAAUGCAUUACAGCAGCUUACCGGAGAUCAGUGCCACUGUUGUUGGGGGUGGACUGUCAUCGCCCAAAAUCAAUAGAUCGGCAUCGGAGUUUCCAAUUACGGACGUUAUUUUUUCAGCAUCUUCUAAGAAAAAUUUGUCUAGUACAUCUACAUCCCGCCUGACAGCAAGGGCCACCAAGGAGGUUGGAAAAAUAGUACAGAUAGACCACAGGACAGCCAGUGUGCGGUGGUCACGAGCUGCUGAUCGUGCCGUGGCAGAGUUACGACAAAGGCCUCCCGCAAUGUCUGAAGCCCUACAAGCAAGUCUGAGGACCAGACAGGCGGACCGUCUAGCGGAGAGGUUGGCCGAUGGAGGUGACAAGAUUAUGAAGAUGUGAAGAAUCAUGUCAGGCUAGGUUAUCAGGAGAAGACACACAGCGGCAUGCAAGAACACAAGGGGAGUCACAAAAUCGAUGUAAGAAGACUACUUGCAAGAAGAAGAUGUAACAAAACUCUUCCUCGAAAGUAGAUGUUUAUAGGGCCUCCACCUCUCUCUCUAACACAGAGUCAAGCCCAUCGAAACGCUUCGUGACGAAAUUAAGUGCGUCCUCCUUGGGAGCGCCAGUUAAGACAGCUCGUCAUCUUUUUCUGUUUUGCCAGGUGGUGGGGCCGUCUUUAAUAAUGCUGCUAAUCAUGCUUCUAUUCUUGAGGUUACUCAUUCAAUAUUUUCUAGAUUCAUUAUUUUCUACACGACUAGGAUUAGGAAGGAAUUCAGUCCAAUAAUAGCGAAAAAAGCAGUGUAGUCUUCAGGGAAACUAUUUCAUAGCGAACUACCCAGCACGGAAACUAUUUCACAGUAGUUGGCUUGAUUUGAGUAUUGAUUCGGUAAUGGCGACAGCUAAGCAUCAUUCACAUCAGAAGAUGGUGAUAGCUAACCACUAAGCUGCAGCAGGAAGACGAUGACGCUGCGUCGCUCGAUUUAAGGCCUUCCACAUACACGUAAUCACUUGAUCCUGAAAUCAUGCCGGCAUAAAAAGGCACCCACAGUCCAAAGUCGAGUACUCUCCCUACAACAGUUUGUUCUUGUAGAAGAUAGAAAUCCUGUUGAUGGUCUAGGUAUCAGUCUAGAGGUUGCACUUUCAGACUUGGUCCCUACGGCUGUCAAUUAUGACAGAAAAAGGAACAUAAGUAAAUGUGGGUAUGCAUGCAUCGAGAAGAUGUCUAGAUAUUCUUGGCGUCACGUCUACGCAGCAGUUUCUUCCUCUCUAAUAGACGCCGACGAACUUGCCGACCGCACUUCCAAUGAUGUGGGUAUGAACGAGACCGGGCAGAACCUCGACCUCCCAUCUUUAAGGCUAUCCUCGUAAAAGCAGAAUCCGAUUGUGAUAGAUAAUUUUUGUCAUAAUUAAUCUUCGCUCAUCAUAUUUAAUUCGUUUAUUGUAAGUCCUCGAAAAAGCACCACACAGGGAUGCUUUUAUCAAAUGCGCCCACUCAUGCUAGCUCAAGCUCUAUCAUUUCUAAGAAACAGCGACGACUUGCCAGGGAGGGAACAUUCGCAGCGAGGUCCCAGACUGCUGAUCCGCACCACUGGUGGGCAAGAGCGAUGGGUAGAUCCUGGCAUUGAGCGAAAUAUUGUAGUUUUACCACUGCAGCUUGCGGAGUACCCGGAUGAAGAAGGUCUCGAAGUCGUAGUCGAGGAACUGGCAAGUCCGUAGAAGUAUUCUACGUCUUAGAGGUACCAUUAUAAAUAUAUAGGUACCGUCAGAUGGUCCACCCGGGAUCAGGUGGUUAUCAAGGAUGGUGAUGGAACCCAGGUUAAAAAACGAAUGCUUUAAUUUAUCACGAUCAUUUUUAGUAUCUAUGACGAUGUAUGUAGUGAAGGGCUAGUAACAAAAUCCAUAGGGGUAAGCAGAACCAAUAUCGAUUUUCAUCAAAUAGCAGGGCUGGCGCACGAAGAUCAUGCUCAAAAAGGCAUUAUUUAAGGUGCCUAAUGGAUAUGAGUCGUAAGUUAGCAUCUAGAAAAAAGCUGAAGCUAUCCAAGACAUGCAGGGUGUUGAGUUAAAACUCCUCAUCUAACUUCUCCGAAAUUAGUGGCUAUUGGUAGUUGCAUUACAGCAUUCGAUUAUUGUUUCGCACUGAUUUUCACAUACGCUAGGUCAAUUUUCCUAUACUGCACAAGCAAAAAGGUUUAGCAGGCAAAUCAUCUGCUGCGUUUUGUGUGCAAGCUACAAUCCUAAUUUUGAGAAUCGUGAUCGUGCUAGAUAGUAAGAAUCUAUUUUUAUUUUUUAUUUUGCAUCCUUGAAUCCGAAUAAUGAAGCCCAACGUCUUUUUCUCAGUUAUAGUGCACGCGAAUGGUCGUCUAUGACUGCUAUCAAAAAUCUAAAUAAAUGCUUGGAUAGGUCAAUAACAAUAUUCAUGAGUACUUUUUUUACAGUAGAUCAAGUUCUGCUCGUAAGGUAGCCUAGUAUAGCAGUGAAACUUUUGCAAGUGAGUGACAUUCGUGAGCGAGCUAAGUACAGUAUAAUGGGCUCAAAAAGCUAGAGGUAGGAGCUCGUUUCAGCAUGCAUGCUGUUGUUCUAGAUCCUGUUGCUAUCCUUUUUUCGUGUGUUCACCCUUAAGUUAUAUAUUUAUUUCAUUUGUUUCGCUACAUAAGAUAGAAGAAUUAUUUCAUCAAAGGCUGACCGAGGUGGAGUGAGAGUGGAGUUAUAUGAAGUGCGAAGAGAUACCGAAAACAAGAAGGGAAAAAUCAGCCCCAUGAAGUCUAAAAUCUGAUAACCGUAGCGAUGCCAACAUAGUUAGUGCCCUAGUGAUGUGUAGGAGAAAUUAACCUUAAUCGUGGCUCUUUUUGUAGCUGGGCUCUUGCUUCUUCGUAAAUGGCCACUUUUGCGGAUCCUCCCAACUUCUUCGUCGUGGAGAGUAGAAGCAGAUGAAAUAUGGUUAUUCUCAGGAUUCGAGAAAGCACAAGUUAGUAGUUGUAGUUCCAGACCGCUGAACGAGCGUGCUUCUGACGAAUUUUUUUUGAGAUAAUAUUUUGAAUCCGGAGCAACACGGAACGGAAGAAGAG